CCCUCUCCCUUCACAUUUCUAGGAUCUCUCACUCUCCGAACCCAACCCACCAAUCCCAUCAACCGGGUCGACCCGCCCACCCCUCUCCCCGAAAUGGACCGACCCAGAUUCGUAAUCGAAGCCUCCGAGGCCGAAUCAAUGGCCAAGCAGUCCAACCUCACCGUCCUCCAGCUCCUCCCCUCCCUCGUCAAGCCCGCCCAGGCCCUCGCCCGCCCGCCCAUCUCCAAAUUCCACGUCGGAGCCGUCGGUUACGGUUCAUCGGGUCGGAUCUUCCUCGGCGUCAACCUCGAGUUCCCGGGUCUCCCCCUCCACUACUCGGUCCACGCCGAGCAGUUCCUCGUCACCAACCUCUCAAUCCAAUCGGAAUCAAAGCUCCAAUAUAUCGCCGUCUCCGCCGCCCCCUGUGGCCAUUGCCGCCAGUUCUUCCAAGAAAUCCGCGGAGCCCAGGAUAUCCAGAUCCUAAUUACCUCGGUGGAAUCCGGCGACGACAACUCCGGGUUAAACGGUUUCGACCCGCUUCUCCAUUUACUCCCCCACCGAUUCGGACCCGAAGACCUCCUGGGACAGGACGUGCCGUUGCUCUUAGAGCAGCACGAAAACGGCCUGUCGUUUUUUAGCGAAACCCAGAAUUUAACCGGCGAUUUUAAACUUAAUGCGGAGUUAAAAGCCGCGGCUUUAGAGGCCGCGAAUAAGUCACACGCGCCGUACAGCGGGUGCCCGUCGGGUGUGGCGAUUUUGGACUCCGACGGGAAAAUGUACAAAGGGUCGUACAUGGAGUCCGCCGCCUAUAAUCCGAGCAUGGGCCCGGCUCAGGCGGCGCUGGUGGCUUACAUUGUCGGCGGUGGUGGCGGGUAUGAGAAAAUUGUGGUCGCGGUUUUGGUGGAAAAAGCUGACGUCUUGGUUAAGCAAGAGCACACGGCGAGGUUGCUAUUUCAGGCAAUCUCGCCCAAGAUCGAUUUUCGGGUUUUUCACUGCGAUUCGGGUUCAAAUUGUGUAAAAAGUCUUGAUCUUUGAUGAUCAUGAGUAACGCGAUUGUUACGAAGUGUUGUUAUUGGAUGAAUUAUGAAUCAAUGAAGAAUAAAUAAGCAUUGUCCUUGACGGAGAACGGGAUGUCAUUUUGUGAUGUUUGAGUUUCUUAUUUCUGUGUAUUGGGUUAGGCUGUUCAUAAAGAAAUAAGCGUUGUCUUUGACGGUGAACGAAA